AUGCGAUGCCGAGGAUUGGAAUGGGAUGACAUGGGAGUGAAAGUUGACGGCUGGUAUUUACACCAUCUUCGUUUCGCUGAUGACUUCGUUCUUAUAACAUCAAGCAUCAAUCAGGCGGAACGGAUGCUGGCCGAAUUUGAUGAAACGUGUAAGAUCGAUCUUCAGCCGAACCUAGACGAUGUUUGUGAGGAACGGAUGGGUUGGGAAAUCAACAUGAUGAAAGACCUGACCUCCGGGCUGGGCAGGAGGAAACGAGCGGCUUGGGGAGCAUUCAAAAGCAUCGAGGAUUUGGUGAAGAGGACAUCCGGCUCCAUGCUCACCUAUUCAACACCACCAUUCUUCCUGCUUUGA